ACGAACCUUGUUUUCGCCGCCAACCGCACGAACAUUAAUCAGCCUGUUGUUCCUUCCUGGUUUCCAGUGUGUCACUACCAACGCAGUGAAUCUGAUAUUCUAUGUGCCAGCCUUUUUCCACUGGCUGACCGCAUUCAUAGUUCCCCAAGAAAAAUUCAGGGUAUCCUCUGAGAAGAACGACGAGUACUGGUCGUACGCAAACUUCGCAAACUGCGACAAUUCCGCAACGGGAAUGAAUCAAAUUACAGCUAUGUUGUCGUACUGGAUGGAUCUGCAUUAUCCCCGUUUGAGUACCAGCAACCCGGCUCUGCUUUCGCUGUUCUCGUCAUCCGUUUUACCGAUGACGGAAUAUGUGUACACGCUGAGGCUUGGGGCACUCCUGUUUCUGGUCGUGUUGCCCUUUACAUGUGUUGGACUAGUGCAAAUAGUCAUCGUUUCAAAAAUUUUCCUUCAUGGUUUGACCAAUCUUUUGUGUGCCGGCCUGGAAUCAAACAAGGCGCACCAAAAUGUGCACGACACAGAGGACAGCAAUGACUCUACAAGUGAUGGAGAACCCGAAGAUGUCCCGACUGUUAAGAAGAAUGCCCAGUCAAAGGUUACCAAGCGAUUCUGCAUCUGUGCUCUGUGGGGAGAAUGCCAAGGCGUCAUCAUGCUGACGCUGCAACGUACAUACUUCAGCAAGUACCUUCCCAUCGCGGUGGUGGCAUUCGCAUUUCCAGAAAACAGGCAGCUACCCGCUGUGUUAUUGUUAUUGAGCGGCAUUACUGUGGUUGUCUGCUAUGAAUUAUGCGUGGCGGUUUUCGAAUGAUGCCGAGAGGAGUUGUGGAACAGAAACCGUUGUGCCUGCCUCUGCACUAGAACGCGUCACCGGAAGGAAUGAACGCUGAUAAGGAGCACCAUGCAAUACUGUUGUAAUUUCACGGAAAGGAAAGUUUGUAUUCGGAUUCUGCCGGUGGUAGGCCCGGUUACAGAAAUAAUUCUUUAUCCCGGCAAUAGCCUAUUAACAGAACAGCAAGCCUACGCUGGCAGAUACUAAUUACAAAUUCCGAAUUUAAACAUUGAAGAAAGAAAUAAUUAACCUUUACACUUAUGCGUUUCUCACAUUUGCAUCUGUUAAAAAUGUAUUUUUAGUCUACGCAGUCCGCAGAUAAUUUAUUUCAAUGUUGGCGUCGCGGCAAAUUUAUUUAUAAUGUAGCCGAGAUAUUUUCUGAACAAUCUAAAUAUUGAUUUAGG